AAAAACGCGGCGUCAGUGCGUCCUGUCCCUCGGCGGACUCCGUAGCCAGCGCGCGCAUAUGGUCCUCCUGGAUCAUGUUGAAGGUGACAGGUAGAGUCAUGCCGGGCGCCUCGAGUCUCCUGCCGUUCGCCGUGUUUGCGGCCGACGCGGACGGCGAGGCGGACGCCGCGUCCCCGGUGAAGCUGGAGGAGCUGUCGCUGUACACCGGCCCCCCUCCUCCUCCGCCGACCGCCCGCCGCGCGGAGCCUGAAGCGGGCCAGCUGGAGGAGACCGUGGCCACCGUCCGGAAGUUAGCGGAGCCGUACGCGACCUGGUGUCAGGGGACGUACGCUCAGAUCCGGCCCGGAGUUCAGAGGGUCGUCCGGUUCGGGAGCGACGCGUACGCCUAUCUGCAGAACCCCCCCAAGGACUUCUACCCCCGGGCGGGAAUCAUCGGUGUCGCCGGAGUCGUCGGCCUCUUCCUGGCCAGAGGAUCCCGGGUUAAGAGGGUCCUGUACCCGGCGGGCUUGGUCACCCUGAGCGCCUCCCUCUACUACCCGGAGCAGGCGGCGGCCGUCGCCAGGUCCACCGGGGACUCCGUGUACGACGCAGCGGUGAAGAGCUACGCGGCCGUGGAGAAGAUCCUGAAGUCUCAGAGCAAAGGGAAGAAAAAGGAGGACUGAGGACCGCAGUUUAAAAGCCCGCAGAUCAACCAGCAGCUUCAUCCGCUGCUCCGCCCGGAUGGAGCCUUUAGACGUGACCUUAAAACCCUUUGCACUAUGCUGCACUUGUAACUCAGGAUUCCCAGCUUUAAAAAAACAAAACACACAUAAAAAAAACGUACCUCUGCUUCUGAUUGUAAAAUGUAUAUUUAUGUAGAAUUUAAUAACCGGCUCAGAUUAAAAAUCACGGUUAAACACA